CUCAGCAAAGCAAUGACUCAGGAUGGUGCUUCUCAGUUCCAAGAAGUCAUUCGGCAAGAACUCGAGUUAUCUGUGAAGAAAGAAUUAGAGAAAAUCCUCACCACAGCCCCAUCGCAUGAGUUUGAGCAUACUAAAAAAGACCUUGAUGGAUUUAGGAAGCUGUUUCACAGAUUUUUGCAAGAAAAGGGACCUUCUGUGGAUUGGGGGAAAAUUCAGAGGCCUCCAGAAGACUCGAUUCAACCCUAUGACAAGAUAAAGGCCCGGGGCUUACCUGACAACAUAGCUUCUGUGCUGAACAAGCUGGUGGUGGUGAAGCUCAAUGGCGGCCUGGGCACCAGCAUGGGCUGCAAGGGGCCCAAAAGCCUGAUAGGGGUGCGGAAUGAGAACACCUUUCUGGAUCUGACCGUUCAGCAAAUUGAACAUUUGAACAAAACCUACAAUACAGAUGUUCCCCUUGUUCUGAUGAACUCCUUUAACACUGAUGAAGAUACCAAAAAAAUACUACAGAAGUACAAUCAUUGUCGGGUGAAGAUCUACACUUUCAAUCAGAGCAGGUACCCAAGGAUUAAUAAGGAAUCUUUACUGCCUGUCGCAAAGGAUGUGUCAUACUCAGGGGAAAACACGGACGCUUGGUAUCCGCCCGGUCACGGCGAUAUCUACGCCAGUUUUUACAACUCGGGUUUGCUCGACACCUUCAUAAGCGAAGGCAAAGAGUAUAUUUUUGUGUCAAACAUAGAUAAUCUGGGUGCCACAGUAGAUCUUUAUAUUCUCAAUCACUUGAUGAACCCUCCCAAUGGGAAGCGCUGUGAAUUCGUCAUGGAAGUCACAAAUAAAACGCGUGCAGAUGUGAAGGGUGGGACGCUCACGCAGUAUGAAGGGAAGCUGAGACUGGUGGAGAUUGCUCAGGUGCCAAAAGCCCACGUUGAUGAGUUCAAGUCUGUAUCCAAGUUCAAGAUCUUCAACACCAACAACCUGUGGAUCUCUCUCGCAGCAGUUAAAAGGCUGCAGGAGCAGAACGCUAUUGACAUGGAAAUCAUUGUGAAUCCUAAGACUUUGGAUGGAGGCCUGAAUGUCAUCCAGUUAGAAACUGCAGUUGGGGCUGCCAUUAAAAGUUUUGAGAAUUCUCUAGGCAUUAAUGUUCCCAGGAGCCGCUUCCUGCCUGUCAAAACCACGUCGGAUCUCUUACUCGUGAUGUCAAACCUCUACAGCCUUAAUGCCGGGUCCUUGACGAUGAGCGAAAAGCGGGAGUUCCCUACAGUGCCCUUGGUGAAACUAGGCAGUUCCUUCACGAAGGUUCAAGAUUAUCUCCGGAGAUUUGAAAGCAUACCAGAUAUGCUUGAAUUGGAUCACCUCACAGUCUCAGGAGAUGUGACAUUUGGCAAGAAUGUUUCAUUAAAGGGAACAGUUAUCAUCAUCGCUAAUCAUGGUGACAGAAUUGAUAUCCCACCUGGAGCCGUGUUAGAAAACAAGAUUGUGUCUGGAAACCUCCGCAUCUUGGACCACUGAAGGGAAAUGCCGUGUGCCCGGUGUACUGACAACGUGCACCAGUGUCCCACAGUGCUGACGUGUUCUCUAGGACUGUAAAAUAGGCAGGUACUUUACUAUGUCACUGUACCCUGCAGAAUUAGUUUUUAAAUAGAGUUUUCUGCAGUAUGCUUUUAGUCUAAGCAAAGCACAGAUGGAAGCAACACUUUCUUCUUUGAAGAGAAUCUGAAAUUUAGUUAAAGUGCAAUAUUGUUUCAUCUUAAAACUGGGGCAGCUCUGCGGGGCGAUUAUAAGAGGUGACAAGAGGUGACGGUGAGGGUCACUGAAUUGCUUGUUCUUUCAGAAAUAAAGCUGUGAAGCAAUA